CCCGUUAUAUGUCGCAAUUAAUUUCAAUCGAUCGCGCGACGACCUUAUCGCCAAACUGUAAAGAGAGAGAAACACGACUCCUUAUCGAUGUCGCAAUCUUAUUAAGUUCACCGCCACCCAAUCUCCCCGCCCAGAAGGCAAUGUAACCAACGGCAAAGUUAAGGUUUGACGGUACUUUUUAAUCAUUGAUAAGUGGCGUAACCCAAUGCUAUUAUUGCGAGCGUGAUUUAUAGUAGCGGGACUCGAAUAACUGUGUGGUAUUGCACGUGCGUGAAAAUAGGAUAUUGAAGGACAUUUACUAUCUCCCCUGUUGCAUACCGAGUGAUCUGUGUGAUUUGCGAUCGAAAAAGUAACAAUUUAAUCGCCGCUCAUGUAUAUGCAACGAGUAGAUUGCAAUAAAGUACUUGCGUUGAACCGUGAAUUUCUAGGUGCGAUUAGACCGAGAGAGAUGUGUUAAAAUCAACAUUUUCCUUAAUAACUUCCACUUAAUAAUAAUCCACUUGUGUGACGUCUUAUUCUCAUGUUGUCUCACGUGCCAUAUUUCGACCUAGCCUUUGUUAACAGAGAUCUUCGUUGUGAUAGAACGCCUUUGUGUUUCGUAUCCAUCUUUUUCUCUCGAAAGGAGUAAAGUUCGCAAUCUUUGUUCAUCCUUGCGGUCACACCUUUCCCGGCAACGUUUCGAUGCUACACAACAAACUAGAAACGUUGUAAACCCCCUGUAUGUGUAUCCACUCGAUGUGUACAAAUUGUGUUUGUCUUUUUAAGUUGCUGCGCUUUAUAGGAAUAAGGAUGUCGAGGCGGCUGAGUUUCUAUGGUCUGAUAGGCCUGGCGUCUGUCUGCAUCUUCUUCCUAGCGUUUAAUCAGCGCUACAGCAGCUACCUCGAGCAUCGACUGCAGCCGGUGAUAUCGGAUGUUGAGAUAAGGCCACGGACUACGAAAAUUCAAGAACCAGUAACGGUAAGCCAGGCAUACAUCACGGGAACCGCGGACAAUGCAACAGUUACCGAAAUUCAGGAGGUGGUCGAUCAGCAAAGAAGGGCGAUUAAACGGGAUAUGGAAAAUUACGAGUAUCCGAACGGAAGAUACGGGAUAAACGUAAGCAAACUGGAAGAUCUAGUGAUGGAACAGGGAGGUAGACCCAUGAGGAGCGUGAUUUUGACGAGUUGGAGAAGCGGCAGCACGUUCCUUGGCGACGUGGUCAACGCACAUCCGGCGAACUUUUAUCACUACGAGCCGCUGCUUGACUACGGAAUCGUGCAGAUCAGGGGGCCGCCGCUCGCCGACGAAUCCCUAACGAAGAUCAUCUCUCUGCUGAAAUGCGAAUUCAAAGAGCUCGAUCGGUACCUGAACUAUGGAAAGACUCAUCCCUGGGUUUUCAAUCACAACACGCACUUAUGGCGACAGUGCCAGGCGCAUAAACGCAUUUGCUGGGAUCCGCGUUUCGUAUCCAAGUUCUGCCGACUGUUUCCUUUCCAGUCGAUGAAGCUUGUGCGCUUGAGGUUACGUGCGGCGGAAAAACUUCUGGCUGAAGAAGAUUUAGGUGUGCGAUUAGUCCUACUUAUUCGUGAUCCGAGGGGCAUCCUACAGUCUAGAAAGCACAGGGAGUGGUGUCCCGCCAAACCCGACUGUUCCGACCCGACUCUGGUUUGCGCAGAUAUGGUGUCGGAUUUUAACGCGGCGGUAGAACUCUCGAGGAAGUACCCACGAUCAUUCAGAGUGGUACGCUACGAGGAUCUAUCCGUGGACCCUUAUAGACACGUGAAGGAGCUUUACAAUUUUUACGGCUUGGACUUUCACAUGAACGUAAAGCGAUUCUUGGACACGCACACCAAGAAUGACGUGGGCGGCGUGUCGAGCACCUUCCGAAAUUCCAAGGUUGCGCCGUUCCACUGGCGGGCGGACUUGGACUUCGAGGAGGUGCGCGAGAUACAGAGGGUCUGCGCGACCGCCAUGCGACUAUGGGGAUACGUGAUGGCCUCAAAUUCCACUCACCAGAAGGACUUCGAUCCUAUCACGGACUACCGACUUCAGUUGUGACAACUGGUGGGUCGCGUGCUCAAUGUAGAUAUGAUGAUGUAUAGCGUAUCGGUAUAGCGAGCGGAAGUACGAUGUAUAAAUAUUUACGAAAAGGUGCUAGCGGCCACUCAUGAGGGUGACAUACGCACGGAUGUCGAUUGAUUCGAGGAGGAAGGCCAUCGAGUUUAUCAACUUUGCGAGACCAAUGAGGCAAACUGUUUUUUCGAAAACAGAUUGACGGAUACAGAGCUUGUUCAUAAUUUUUCGACCGUACGACAGCCUAACACGAGUGUUGGGCUCCCGAAAGAUAUUUACGCCAAGUUCCUGUGGCGUGUCGGCGAGAAUAUUGUCUAUCCAUAUCGACGCGAGUGCCGUAGCGGGUGCAUUCGAAAUGUUUCUGAAGGCUGUGAAUUUUUUCGAGGAGCUAUAUUUCGUGUCAUACGUACAUAAACUUAGAAGAUUAUCAAUUCGAGAAUACUCAUGAGAUCGAACAAAAGGAAAAUUCAAUCGUGGAACGGUGUUGAGAAGACUUUUAACCAUCAAGAUUACACACAGCCGAGUCUUUUUUGCGCGAGUCUUGCAACAUUUCGAAUCAUCGGCAACGUUGAGAAUUUAUAUCCGCGCUACCUGACGGAAAAAGAAAAAAUUUCCACCGACAACAUUCAAUGUGAUUCAUAGAGGAAGCGUGCGAUCGCGAUAUCAAUUAACCCGUUCACCCUAUGGAACACUCGAAUAUUGAAUUUCUUGCUCAUGCGGCGCCAGCGAUGUUUCGAGGAUGAUGUGUGUCAAGGACGAGAACACCGAGUUUCCAUUUUACCGGCCUUCGUUCGACGCGGCCGACGAUUAUCGAGAAUAUCGGACGCGACCAACUCGCGCGAGCGCGUAAUUUUUAUAAUGUACGACACAGUCGUAUAGCACUGCACAUUUUAGAUACCAUAGAAUUAAUAUUAUCGCGAGCUGUUGUCGGCGGGACUUAGACUGUAAGAGAAAGAUACCUUUUCGAAUCUUUACACGCUAUCGAUUAGCAGCCAGGACUGACAACCUGUCCGGUACACGCUCCGUUAUGUAUUAUAGUGCGAUUACGUUACAUUAUGUAUACUCGCGCGACUGUACUUUUCGCGUCCUCGCAUUCUAUGCACCAGGCACUAUCGUCUUCUCUCUCUCUCUCUCUCUGUGUGAAUCAAGAUUUUAUCCACUUAAAGCAUUUAGCGUUAAUUUCAAUAGCUGUAUUAUGUUUUAUCAGCAAUAUCAUUAGAGUUCGUGAAGCAUUUUGAUAACGGAGCAUUACAGCUACGUUCCACGGCUGAAGGAUAAUUCCUGGUUAGGUCUGUCCCACAAUAUGUCGGAACGCUGUCGAUGGUCCAAUGAAAGUUAAUUUUUCGAGAAAGAAUUCUCCUCACUGAACUAUCGGCGGCGUGCUGACUUGUAGAACACGCCGUAAGAUUCCACGCAUCUCUCACUCAAAAUUCCCACUUUAAUUACGAUUGUCCUUAUUAUUGUUACAUAAUCGCGUUUAUUUUCCACUGCAUAUCGUAUACAUGUGUGCACCCUCGAGAAUAAAACGAAGGAAAGACGUUUGUUUUCUUACAUACGAAUAUGAACACUUGCAGUAACGCGUUUCGGACAAUGCUGGUAUAUCGUCGAUCAAAAUUGCUAACGUGUAAAUUCGCAAUGCCAUUUUCGUGCGGUCUUGCACUGUUGUUGUUACGUUUACGCGGAAUGGGUAUCUAGUCCAAAGGGAACGCAUAUUACUUCGUAUUUUGUACCUUAGACGUAAUAUCAAGGUUCCAAUAAAAGAAUCGUGUUUCUACGGAA